AUGGUGGCUGCCGUGGGAUUCUCUUCCUCGGCGGCUUCCCCCGCUGUCAGCGAGCUCUGCCAGAACGGGCGGGAGAUCUUCCUGGAGGCCUCGCGGCUGCUUCUUACCUACGCAGACAAUAUCCUCUGGAAUCCUUAUGAAGAAAAAUACAGAUUUAUUCGAAUUGGAAAUCCAGCAUUUUCCACGAGGCUGUUGCCAGUCAGAGGGGCAGUUGAGUGUUUAUUUGAGAUGGGAUUUGAAGAGGGAGAAACUCACCUGGUUUUCCCCAAGGAAGCUUCAAUUGAACAGCUACGUAAAAUCAGAGACUUAAUUGCUGGAGAGAGGAGCAGCAGACUGAAUGAGUCACAUCAAAACUGUGUAUCAGGAUCCUCUCAAACUGUGACCAGUGUUCACACAGUUGCACAUCAGCCUUCAAGACCUGCUGAUGCUGUUCUUGCCCUUGCCCGUCAGCAACCAGAAACACCACCUGUGCAAUCUCUUGAAAUGAUCCUUUUGCAGGCUGCAAAUAUUUUGAAAACACUUCAAACAAAAUUUGAACACCUUGUAUUGAUGCAUGAGAAUCCUUCCAUUCAGCAGAAAGCAUUAGCUUCAAUUCCCCUCCGGCAAUUGAAAAGGAAGGCUCAGGAAAAGCUAGCACGAGCUAUGGGACUGGACAAAGGUGCACACAUAAAUGAAGAGGACUUCUUAUUGUUGGAGCUUUUAGAGUGGUUUAAGAAUGACUUUUUUCAAUGGGUAGAUAAUCUUCGUUGCAGGAGGUGUGGUGGACAGACAGAGCCUAAAAGUGACUACCUAUUGCCUACUGAUGAUGAGCUCAGAUGGAAUGCCAGUCGGGUGGAAAACCAUUACUGUAACCAGUGUCAGCUCUGUAAUAGAUUCCCAAGGUAUAACAACCCUGAGAAACUCUUGGAAACCAGAUGUGGACGCUGUGGGGAGUGGGCUAACUGUUUUACACUAUGCUGCAGAGCUGUUGGUUUUGAAGCUAGAUACAUCUGGGACUGUACAGAUCAUCUAUGGACUGAAGUAUAUUCUUCAUCUCAGAAAAGAUGGCUUCACUGUGAUCCCUGUGAAAAUGCCUGUGAUAAACCUCUUCUCUAUGAAACUGGGUGGGGAAAGAAGCUCUCCUACAUAAUUGCGUUCUCCAAAGAUGAGGUUGUUGAUGUCACCUGGAGAUACAGCUGUAAACAUGAAGAAGUACUGUCUAGAAGGAAAGCACUCAGUGAGGCUACACUACGUGCAACUAUUAAUGCACUAAACAGAAAGAGACAACGAUCUUUGUCAGAAAACAGAAAAAGAGAGCUCUUAGAAAGAACCAUUGUAGAGCUUGUUGAAUUCAUUUCUCCUAAAACACCAAAACCCGGAGAAUAUGGUGGAAGAACAUCGGGUUCAAUGGCUUGGCGAGUAGCCAGAGGUGAAAUUGGUUCAGAGACAAGAAAAGAAGUACUUUUUAUUCCUUCUGAAAAAGAGAAGACAUCUAAACGCUUCCACCUCGUCUACAAUAUAGUAGAAGAUAGUUAUACUCGGAUUUCCAAUAAUAAUGAAAAAAUAAGUGGCUGGGAAGCAGGUGUUUGGAAGGCAGAGUCCAUCUGGAGGAAGAUUGAAACAGAUUGGAAAGUAGUUUACCUAGCCCGAAAAGAAGGGUCAUCCUCUGCUUGCAUCAGCUGGAAGUUUGAGUGCCAGUCAGUCGGCCUAAAGAUAGAUAAUGUUUCAGUUAGGACAAGCAGUCAGACGUUUCAGAGUGGAAUAAUAAAGUGGAAACUUUGCUCUCCAACAGCAGAAAUACCUCUGACAGGAGAUAAAAAUCUUUGCUCCUACUCGGAUUUUUCUGGUGCAACAGAAGUUACAUUGGAAGCUGUUCUAAUAGGAGGGGAUGGUGAAGUUGCAUGGCAACACACACAGUUGUUUAGAGAGAGCUUAACAGGAUAUGGAGAAAAUUGCUUGGAGAUAAUUGUAAACCUCAGUGACCUCUGAGAACCUGAAUUGAGGAGAUGUACUGUGGAUCCCCUGAAGAUGUUAUACCACGGGUAGGACAUGAAGAUUUGGAUGGUGGUUCCUGUUCAUCCUGCUGGCAGCUUAUUUUCUGUCUCACUGCUUCCAUUUAAUCAGCUUGAAACUGUACGUGUAUUGAAUAAGUAAACAUCACAAUGGAAACCUCUCCCCUUAAAAAACAAACCCCAAAAUUAAGGGAUUGAACUAUAUUAAAUAGCAUUUUCUUCAACUUUGUGAUUAAACAGAAACAGUUUUUAGUGAGCAAAGCAUCAUAAAUGCACAGAGCAAUUGUAAUUGCUUUUAAUUUGGAGUUUUAGGGUUGGUUUGCUGAGGUUAUUUUAUAA